CAAUAGAAAAGUUCCGAUCUAAUUUGGCUUUCGACAUUUUCAAUGCUCUCACUCUCUAGACUUUAGCUCCCAACCAACCCCUACUUAUUGCAGCACACACACAGAAGUGAACAACAUCGUUCUCUUCACCAUCUAGCUCUCCACAUUGCCGCGUUCUCCUCGCACAAAGUGCAAGAUCUCAUUUGUUGGAGAUGGCAACAACUGCAGCACCUAGCCUGCAAAUUGCAGCAGUGAGACCCUCCAUUUUUUCUUCUUGCAGACUUUUCAAGUCAGGUGCUGUAAUCCUUGGUGGUAAUUCCAAGGCAGCACCAUGGAAUAAGCUUACAAGUGCAUGUCACAUAUCGUCUGUACAACCUUUCCAGCUCGGCUUUACAUCAUCCUCCAAAAGAUUCGAUAAGGUUGUUACUAAGGCAAUGUCUGAAGCUAGUGAAAACAAGCCUAUCACAGGUUUGCCAAUUGAUUUGAGAGGUAAGAGGGCAUUUAUUGCUGGUGUAGCUGAUGACAAUGGAUAUGGUUGGGCCAUAGCAAAAUCCCUUGCUGCUGCGGGUGCUGAAAUUCUUGUGGGCACUUGGGUCCCUGCUUUGAAUAUUUUUGAAUCCAGCCUACGACGUGGGAAGUUUGAUGAAUCACGAGUGUUGCCAGAUGGCUCUUUGAUGAAUAUUGCUAAAGUAUAUCCUUUAGAUGCAGUUUUUGACAACCCCGAGGAUGUACCUGAAGAUGUGAAAGCAAACAAACGGUAUGCAGGAUCUAGCAAUUGGACUGUUCAGGAAGUUGCUGAAUCUGUGAAGAAGGAUUUUGGCAGCAUCGACAUCCUUGUUCACUCACUUGCAAAUGGGCCUGAGGUCAGUAAACCUCUGUUGGAGACAUCCAGGAAAGGAUAUCUUGCAGCUAUAUCUGCAUCAAGUUACUCCUAUGUUUCUUUACUGAAGCAUUUUGUUCCAAUAAUGAAUCCAGGUGGUUCUUCAAUUUCUCUUACGUAUAUUGCUUCCGAGAGGAUUAUACCUGGAUAUGGUGGAGGCAUGAGUUCUGCAAAAGCUGCUCUGGAAAGUGACACGCAAGUGCUUGCUUUUGAAGCGGGCAGAAAACAUAAAAUCAGAGUCAACACAAUAUCUGCCGGUCCACUUGGGAGUCGUGCUGCAAAAGCAAUUGGAUUUAUUGAGAAGAUGAUUGACUAUUCAUUUGCCAAUGCACCUCUUCAAAAAGAAUUAUCUGCAGGGGAAGUGGGGAACACAGCUGCCUUUCUAGCAUCACCUUUGGCUUCUGCUAUCACUGGUGCUGUUAUAUAUGUUGACAAUGGCCUGAACGCAAUGGGUGUUGGAGUGGACAGUCCAAUAUUUGAGAAUCUUGGUAUUCCAAAAGAUAAGCACUAGGAUUAACCACAAACUGGGAAUCUGAACAAGUAAUUUUGCAUAAAUGCUUCUAGUUUAGUGCUCCUUUUUUCUUCACUUGGCUUCAACCAUAGGAUGGCUCGGUCAGCGGGCCCAUUUUGUUGUGAGAAUUUUUCUGCCGUUCUUCAUGACAUAUAAUUUCCAAAUAAAUCUGAAUCAACAUGAUUUUAAGUUGAAA